UGGUAGUAUCUGGGCUGCAGGAAGUCCCGCCACUUAGUGACUUCUCUCCCUGUUAGUCACAUCCCACCAAGGCUAGAUCUGUCUUUGCAGCGAAAUGGACUCAAAGAAGCAGAGUGUGUGGAAGGACAGAUGUGUAACCGAGUGGAAUCUGGGUGGAAAGGGCAUCCCUUUACCGCAGGAAUGGGACUGGGAAUCGACUUAUCAGAAGAAACCAUUUGGGCGGAACCUGAUUAAAAAUCCGUGCCCUGAAGGCCUUUCUCAUAAAGUACCGUUGGACACCACUCGACCACAAGCUCCACCGCCAAGGAAACCUCUGGAGUCUCUAGGUGAUUUCAGUGGCUGGAAAACUAAAGAAGAGCACCUUCCUGUCGAUACAAGUGGAAUUCCAGAAGGAGCUGUAAUCUGCCACCUGCCAAAUUACAGCUGGGUGGUCAAAGAACAGAUCAUCAAUCUGAAAGAAGAAGGGUUCUGGGAAGAGCUGCUGGAUGUGUAUCAGCCAGACAUUUGUGUUACGGACUGGUAUGAAGACAGCCAACUGCACGACUAUGUUUAUGAACUUCAUGUCAAGCUUCUGGGAAGUGAUCAUGCAAAAGUGAUUAACGAAUUCUCCUUGAAGCCGAAAAAUGAAAGAAGUGAGACGCAACAUAAAUGGUGUGAGGUUUCACAUAUUUUUCAGAAGUAUGGACCUGGUGUUCGUUACAUUCAUUUUGAGCACAGAACAAAGGAUCUGUUUGUGGUUGGAUUUGAUAGGACUCGGGUUACUGACAGCACUGUGCGUGUACAGCUGAGAGAAUAAACAGGCUGCAAAACUGAAGUUGAUGGGGUGGCUGCAGUACAUUUCAUUUAUGAAUAUAUUGGUGCUGAGAUAGCUAAAGUUCUGAUUAUUCAAGCAAAUUCUGCAUAAUGGCUUGCUGUACAAAGAAAGUGUAGUGUGAAGUCUUGGAAUUAUUUCAUUGUGUUUUUUUUAAAAUAUGGAUAUCCACCAAAAGUGUUAUGUCUGCUGUUUUUAAUGAAUUCUUCUGAUUCAUGGAAAGAUCUUAGAUUUGUUUAAAAUGUAGACCAGUGGGCAUGUACUUUAAGUUCGGCUUCAACCAAGACUUUGUCAUCAUUCCCUUUAUUAACUUAUGUCUCUCUGUAUCUAUUUCAGCUGCUUGUUUUUUGCUUUUUUAGUUCGCGUCAUUACCUCUUGGUUCCUAACUGUACUGCUUCCCAUUAAGGCAAAAGGCUUUUAGCCUUUAACUAGCUUCUAUAGUUUUGCAUCAUUUCUGCUGCCCACUUGUUUUGCUACCCACAAGUGUUCAUGAACUGGAGUUGUUCUAGAAAGUUUUUCUGUAUGGUCACUGAAUAAUAUGGGAAUGACCUUAUUUUAUUCAUUUUAUUCCUGUUACUUGUAUUUGAUGGCUGCAUACAUCAGACCUGGGGCUUCUUGCAGGCCUCCAUUAGCUAUGGUAUUUCUGAAAUAAAAUAUUCCAUUAUAUUGUAAAAAGAUCUCCUGUCCCUCUGACCCUCAUUUAGAACCAUAGAGGUCACUGAAAUAUUUUCCCUAUGUACUGCUUUACACAUUUUUGUGUUCACACAAAUGCAGUUUAUAAAGUUAUUAUAAGGUUCACUCCUUUCUUCUGCAUUUCCUUAGGUUCCUAGGAAAUCACUUUUGCCAUCAUACUUUAUGCACAAGUGUCUGCUUUAAAUGGACUUCUCUUUCCCCUCAUCCUUCCCCCCUUCGUUAAUCAGUGAAGCAAAGCUGACCAGUGCAUCACUCCAAGCUUGCUGUCUACCUCCUACUGUGGUACUUUUUUCUUUACCCUGUCUCAGGUCUUUAACCUCACUGGAGUAUUACAUGCCAUACAUGUAAGGCUCUACUGAAAUGCUGCAUCCGAUUUUAAGCAGCUGCCUGCCUUCUUCCCAUCUUGUUUUAGCACUGGAAUAUUCCGGUACUACUUGAAAUGACAUCACACAGUUUCAUACCGACCUCACCUUCUUUUGCCAGCAUUUUGAGGAGGGGCCUAAAGGGGCAGAUGACUGAAGUUACCAUUUCUUGUAUAAAUAAUGUCUAUGUAUUACUUGCUAAAGUUAACAAAAGAUUAACAUGAUGGGAUCUAAAUAAAAAUUCUUGAACUUC